AAAAAUCUACCUAUAUUACUCCUGAAAAGAAAAAUAAAAAAUGUUUUGUUGAGAGAGAUAGGAGAAACGAUAGAGAGGGAAGAAGCCGGCAGGAAGGGGAACGACGGAGAGAGACGAAAGAAAUGAACUCGCGGCGGAGAGACUCGGCGAAGGAGAAAACUCUCUCCCUUUAACCAGGUCUGUUUUUGAUAACUUCUUCCUAUACAUGAACAAAAAGCUCAAAGGAGAUUUGUAGCUUGCCGUUCACAUUUGGUGCAUAGUUUAUAUUGGAGAAGAAGCCUGGUGAAAGCAAUAAAGUAAUGCAUUUUUAUCUAUAAAAGAGCUUCAGAAAGAAACUACCAAUGUUUGGGGUCAUUUCUGUCUCUACAUUUGUUUCGCCUCAUUUAUCUACAGCUUCAAGAUUGAUCGUUAAGAUGUCUGCAACAGGAACCAGAAACCCUGGAAUAUCAAUCCAAUCUGUGGCUGUAAAGCCUCCUUCUCACCCUACAUAUGAUUUGAAGGGUGUCAUCAAGCUUGCCCUCGCGGAAGAUGCUGGGGAUCGAGGGGAUGUGACCUGUAUGGCCACGAUUCCAGCUGACAUGGAAGUAGAAGCCCAUUUCUUGGCAAAAGAGAAUGGGGUCAUUGCUGGAAUUGCACUGGCACAGAUGAUAUUCGGCGAGGUUGAUCCUACCCUGAAGGUGGAGUGGUCAAGAAAAGAUGGAGAUUGUGUUCAGAAAGGACUGCAGUUUGGCAAAGUGCAUGGGCGGGCACACAACAUUGUUGUAGCUGAAAGGGUUGUGCUUAAUUUUAUGCAGAGGAUGAGUGGAAUAGCAACUCUAACAAAGGCAAUGGCUGAUGCUGCACGCCCUGCAUACAUUUUAGAGACAAGGAAAACAGCUCCAGGCUUACGUCUAGUGGACAAGUGGGCGGUACUAAUAGGUGGAGGGCGGAAUCACAGAAUGGGUUUAUUUGAUAUGGUGAUGAUAAAAGAUAAUCAUAUAUCAGUAGCUGGGGGUGUCAAAGAUGCUCUCAGAUCUGUGGACCUAUAUUUAGAGCAAAAUAAUCUUCAUAUGGGGGUUGAGGUUGAAACCAGGACACUUGAGGAAGUAAAUGAGGCAUUACAUUAUGCAUCUCAAGCAAAAACUUCCUUGACUAGGAUAAUGCUGGAUAAUAUGGUUGUCCCGCUACCUAAUGGGGAUGUUGACGUGUCAAUGCUUAAAGAAGCUGUAGAUCUGAUCAAUGGCAGAUUUGACACUGAGGCAUCUGGAAAUGUUACCCUUGAAACAGUGCACAAAAUUGGACAAACUGGGGUGACCUACAUUUCUAGCGGUGCACUGACACAUUCUGUGAAAGCACUUGACAUUUCCCUGAAAAUUGAUACGGAGCUUGCACUUGAGGUUGGAAGGCGUACGAAACGAGCGUGAUCUCCCUUUAUUUUGUGCUCUCUUCUUUUGUCUGCACAAGUAAUUCGGACUGCAGGAACAAUAAAAGGGCACAGAAACGAAAGAGUAAGCAUCUGAAAGUAAUUACAGAUCCGGAGAUUCUGAACCCCAAAUAGGUCAACCUUUUGAAUUGUUAUUAAAGAUAUGUGAAGUUAAGAGACAACUUGGUGAAUUGAAUGAUCUUAGUAGCUAGAGGUAUAGACAAGCAUUUCCUAAGAAAAUUGUCUUCAAUAAUGCAUUUUAAAGAUGAAAACAAUAAAUAAAUAAAUAAAUUAUUUUAAAAUUAUGAACUUAAGAAGAUAAGGUUGAUGGGACUGAUGUGAUUUUCAAUGUUGAUGGAAUAUGUAUGGAAUUUAUGUAUUUAUG